UCCUCUCCGUGCUAGGUUUCGUGCCAAAACCGAAAUGCUUCGAAUCCGUUCGAUAGGCAUUCCCAGAAGAGUGUUCUCUUCGGCCCUCUACGUUACCGGCGACAAAGCGAAAGAGCAGUACGCACCGUUGAUUCCAUACUUGGACUUUCAAUCGAAGUUUGCCGAUAUAGAAAAGCUUCAGCGUAAUUUACGGUUGCGCCGGUAUCAGUUGGAUUUUGAGACUCUAAGACAACAGUGGGAAUUAUAUCGCUCGAUGGAACUUCGUAAAAGAGACAUUGAAACGCGCCGAACAGAGCUUCGAGACCUUAUUGCUAAAGCAACUAAUGAGGAAACCAUCAAACAGCUUAAACUGCAAGCUACUCUGGCUAAAGCCGACCUCAAAAGUCUACGGGAGAGCAGUUACAGUGUGGCAGAUACCUUCGUGGCGGAGACUUUUUUAAAGAUUCCGAAUGAAUUGCACGAAAGAACGCCAGCUGAAGAAGCUGUCAUUUUAUACGAAAAAAGUCAAAAUGUGAUACCAGCAUCAAACGGUAUAGGAGAGGAAUGGUUAGAGGAAUACGCCUCUACUAGUACCUAUAUGAAGGAAGAUGCAGCUUUAAUGGAUCUGUUCCUUCCAAUUAAGUGUGCGGAAGUGUUUCAAGAUGCUGGUCACACCUUAUUUUCCAAUCCAGACUUUGUCCGAACCGUGCUGGUGGAAGCGGCUCAAGAAGAUCUCGACUCGGUGUAUCUGGUCAACGAAGAAGAGGCUUUGGAGCACACCUUGAAUCGGUUACAUUUGUGCGGGGGAGGUAGCAUGCUGAGCUUCCUAGGAUAUCUCACCAAGCUGUUGGUGUUUCCUACCGUUUUGCCAAUUCGUCUGAUAGCCAAUGGAAAGCAAUAUUCGUACGAGAAGCCGCAAACGAGUGCCGUUCAAACGUUGCUUGCUGCCAAACAGGAUGAAGAAGCGAUUCGGAUGUUUGAUGAGACAUUGGAGUUGUAUAGACGCUUUUAUGAUAGACUUGGACUGCCCUACCGGUUGGUGAUGGUUCCGGCUUGUGAGUUAAAAUCAGCUGAAGCGCUACGGGUGAACGUUGAAGUUGCUGGCGUGAACGAUUCUCGGUUCGUUAGUGUGGGCAAUCUUUCCUAUUAUGCAGAUUUCAUUAGCAAAAGGAUAGCUUUCAACUACAGCGAAGGAAAAGUACAAAAAUUUCCUCAUCUCGUGAUUGGGACCGUGGCAAUAACUAGUGAAAUUAUAAAACUACUGCUAAACAGUGGCGUCAGUUUUAGAGACUUAGGUUAUCUGACAAGUUAG